CUUUCUCCUCCAACGGUCCAACUUUGACUCUUCCUUGUUUUUCUUUCCCCCUUCUCUCUCUUUCAAGUGCCGGUCUUCUUUGAAUGCACCUCUUUUCUUUCCACCCAUGGCAUCACCACCUCAUUCUCUAAACCCUAGAACCGCUUCGCCGCUCAAUUUCUCAACUACCUUCCCUUUCUGAUCGGUUAUUAUUAUUAUUAUAAUUAUUAUUAUGUCCAUUUCCGUUCCGAUAACGAUGAACGUGACGGUUUAUUCCGCUUUUCUCGAUUUUCUCUUCCCGUCCUUUUGGGAGAUCAAAGUCGCCGUCGCCGCCUCCGUCUUCGUCAUACUCGCCUAUUGUUUCUUCACUUACAGAACUGGAUACCGCGACGCCGCCGAUCGAUCGCUUCUUGACAAUUCUGCCGCCGCCGGUGAUGCUACCGACGAUAAGGACAAGAUCGGGCAGUUGAAAGGAGAUUCUCAAACCAGUUCGGGGUAUCUGAUUAAGUUAGAACUAUUGGCUGCUAAGAAUCUUGUUGGCGCAAACUUAAAUGGCACAUCGGAUCCUUAUGCUAUCAUCACAUGUGGCAAUGAAAAGCGAUUCAGUUCGAUGGUCCCUGGUUCAAGAAAUCCCAUGUGGGGGGAGGAGUUCAAUUUUUCUGUUGAUGAACUUCCUGUCCAGAUUAAUGUCACAAUUUAUGAUUGGGAUAUAAUUUGGAAAAGUGCUGUUCUUGGUUCAGUGACUGUUCCAGUUGAAAGUGAAGGUCAAACUGGAGCAGAGUGGCAUGCCUUGGAUAGCACAUCAGGACAGGUUUGUCUUCAUAUAAAAACGAGAAAAAUAUCUGCAAAUUCUUCCAGGAUAAAUGGUUAUGGUGGAGUCAAAAAAAGGAUUCCCUUGGAAAAACAGGGGCCCACUGUAGUUCAUCAAAAGCCAGGGCCUCUUCAAACAAUAUUUGACCUUCUUCCAGAUGAGGCUGUUGAUCAUAGUUAUUCUUGUGCACUUGAGAGGUCUUUCUUGUAUCAUGGCCGAAUGUAUGUCUCAGCAUGGCACAUUUGUUUCCAUUCCAAUGUGUUCUCAAAGCAAAUGAAGGUUGUCAUUCCAUUUGAAGAUAUCGAUGAGAUUCGGAGGAGUCAACAUGCAUUUAUUAAUCCUGCUAUAACAAUUAUUCUUCGCAUGGGUGCUGGUGGACAUGGUGUCCCUCCUUUGGGAAGUCCUGAUGGUAGAGUCAGAUAUAAGUUUGCAUCAUUUUGGAACAGGAAUCAUGCAUUCAGAAACCUACAACGGGCGGCAAAGAAUUUCCAUGAAAUGUUGGAAGCUGAGAAGAAGGAAAAUGCUGAGUCAGAACUCCGUGCACAUAGCAGUUCUGUCAGAGGAAGUAAAAUACUGGAAAAGGUUCCCCAAGAAAGCAUGCCAAAAACUGGAAAACUUCAACCUUUUAUCAAAGAAGAGGCUUUAGUUGGUAUAUACAAUGAUGUCUUUCCCACCACAGCUGAGCUGUUUUUUAACUUGCUAUUAAAUGAUGAUUCAAAAUUUACUAGCGAGUAUCGUUCAGUACGAAAGGAUACUAAACUUGUGAUGGGACAGUGGCAUACAGCAGACGAAUAUGAUGGUCAAGUCCGAGAGAUAACCUUCAGAUCUCUUUGUAACAGCCCUAUGUGCCCUCCGGACACAGCCAUGACAGAGUGGCAACAUCAUGUUCUAUCACCCGACAAGAAAAACCUGGUUUUUGAGACUGUGCAGCAGGCACAUGAUGUUCCAUUUGGAUCCUACUUCGAGGUACACUGCAAAUGGAGUUUGGAGACGACCAAUGAAAGUUCAUGUAUUCUGGACAUAAAAGUGGGUGCACAUUUCAAGAAAUGGUGUGUGAUGCAAUCCAAAAUAAAGUCAGGGGCAGUCAAUGAGUACAAGAAAGAAGUUGAGGUGAUGCUAGAUGUUGCUCGUUCAUAUAUAAAGUCGCAUACGUCUAAUAACGAGAUUGAUAGGGCCUCUUCGUCCCCUGCGGAGACUCCGGAAAACUAAUAUUUCUGGGAUUUUAUUUAUAUGUGCAAUAUUGUAACUUUCCUUUUCUUUUGUUAUUAUUCUUGUAAUACGAAGAGCCGAAAUAUAUGUAUAUUUUGAUGGCAAUAGUUUUUUGCCAGUGUAUAUCUGUUGGUAACUUUCUGCU